GAAAAAUGACAAGCGAAGAAGAAAUCUGUCAUUUGUUGACGUAUCAAAAGCCUCAUGCACGCAGUCUCGCACAUAUAUUUGUGAUACAAGUUUACAACACGUGAAAACGUGUGUGUGAAACGGCCAUGGAUAUCGUUUUGUACUUGAUAGCUGCUGCUAUCCUCGCCGCGCUGCUGCUGUUUGCUGUGAAGCUGCGGAAAAGGACGCAGCAAGCUGAUACAGAGCAUGAGCAAGCUGUUGUCCGAGCGGCGGGUGUCCGUCAACGGCCUGUCAUGGAAGAGCGAGGAGCAGGCAUGCCUCGGAGGAGGAGAAAUCUCGCAGGGGCGAUGGCCAACAGAAGACAACAGAGAGAGGCAUCGGAGCUUGAAGAAGAACGAGUGCAGCAGCAGCAGCAGCAACAACAACAGGGGGAAGAAGAUGAUGAUGAAACAGAGGAGCAGAGCUUCCAGCCAACUGCAAAAAUUGGAGCCAAAAAGCAAAGGAAGCUAGAAGAGAAACAGGCCAAGAAAGCCCAGCGAGAGGCUGAGCUCGAGGAGCGUGAAGAAAGGAAGAGGAUGCAGGAGCUCAGAGAUGAGGAGAGACGACAGGAGGAGGAGAAAGAACGGCUCCUGGAAAAGCAACAGGAAGAGGAUGAGCGUCGAGCCAAAGAGGAGAAGGAGAAACAGGAGGAGGAAGAGUACUUGCGGCUCAAAGCUUCCUUUGUUGUCGAAGACCAGGGCGAGGAGGAGCAGCUCACCGAAGACCAGUCCCGCAACCUUCUCCAAGAAUUCAUUGAUUACAUUGAGAGCUCCAAAGUUGUUCUACUGGAGGACUUGGCCUCUCAUUUUGGAAUGAGAACAAAGGAUGCCAUUGCCAGACUGCAGGACCUGCUCGCCGAAGGCUCCCUCACUGGGGUCAUCGACGACAGGGGCAAGUUUAUCUCCAUCACUCAAGCCGAAAUGGAUGCGGUGGCUCAGUUCAUCAAACAAAGAGGUCGAGUUUCCAUCACGGAGUUGGCGCAGGCCAGUAAUUCUCUGAUCAAUUUGAAACCAGAGAACCGCAAUGCCGCCUGACGGACAGGAUAUAAGUCGCUGCUGGAUAACCGUCGACAGUGAUCUCACAUCUUCACGUGGGAUUUUAUUAACCUGACCACUGUUGUGAGAGAUCACCAGGUGUGGUGUUGGAAUUUGUCAGGAAAUUAUUUUUUUAUAAAUAAUAUAUCUUUGUUCAGCGAUCUGUGCAAGUGAUAGAGACAGCAAUGACAUUGCUCUGCUCAAAAAAAAGAUGUGGGAUCAAUUAAACGGGUUUCUUUCUCUAA